AGGCCAACCCAAUACUUCAUCUCCCAUUCUUAUCUUCUUCUUCUCCACAACUCUCAUAGCCAUUUUCAAGAUUUCUUUUUUUUUUUCUUUUCUUAUUUAAUUAAAACUAUAAUUAAUAAUUAUGGGCAGCUUAGAGGCAGAGAGACAAACAGUGGGGUGGGCAGCAAGAGACCCAUCUGGGAUUCUCUCCCCAUACACCUACAAUCUCAGGAAAACAGGGCCUGAAGAUGUUCACAUAAAGGUUUUGUGUUGUGGCCUCUGCCAUAGUGAUCUUCAUCAGAUCAAGAAUGACUUGGGCAUGUCCAAUUAUCCCAUGGUCCCUGGGCACGAGGUGGUUGGGGAGGUGGUGGAAGUGGGGCCCGACGUCGGGAAGUUCAGAGCGGGGGACAACGUCGGGGUGGGGCUGAUCGUGGGGUGCUGCCGGGAGUGCCGCCCCUGCAAACAGGGGAUUGAACAGUACUGCAACAAGAAGAUAUGGAACUGCAAUGAUGUCUACACUGAUGGCAAGCCCACCCAGGGCGGCUUCUCUUCCCACAUUGUUGUCGAUCAAAAGUUUGUGGUGAAAAUACCGGAGGGAUUGGCGUUGGAACAGGCGGCGCCGCUUCUGUGCGCGGGAGUGACGGUGUACAGCCCAUUAAACCACUUUGGGCUGAAACAGAGCGGGUUGAGGGGAGGAAUAUUGGGCCUGGGAGGGGUGGGCCACAUGGGCGUGAAGAUAGCGAAAGCAAUGGGCCACCACGUGACCGUGAUCAGCUCGUCGGAGAGGAAGAAAGAGGAGGCGCUGAACCACCUCGGUGCCGACGGUUACUUGGUGAGCUCAGACGCGGCGGGAAUGGAGGCGGCCGCCGACUCGCUCGACUACAUCAUUGACACUGUUCCGGUGGGCCACCCCCUCGAGCCCUACCUCUCUUUGCUCAAGGUGGAUGGGAAGCUCAUUUUGAUGGGCGUGAUCAACACCCCUUUACAAUUCAUUUCCCCUAUGGUCAUGCUCGGGAGGAAGACCAUCACGGGAAGCUUUGUAGGAAGUGUGGAAGAGACGCAAGAAGUUCUCGAGUUCUGCAAGGAAAAGGGUCUGAGCUCCCAAAUCGAGGUGGUGAAGAUGGAUUACAUCAACACGGCGAUGGAAAGGCUGGAGAAAAACGACGUUCGGUACAGAUUUGUGGUGGACGUUGCGGGAAGCAAACUCGUCGACAACAUUUAGAUGCCAAACACAACAUUAUUAUGGCUUUAUUUAUUGGGCAAUGCUAGGGGUAUACCAACAUGGGGUACCCCAAGUGUACACCAAGCCAACACAGACACACAGACACCAAAUGUCUGUGCAACACAGACACUUUGUGUCUGUGUGUGUCUGUGUUGGCUUGGUGUACACUUGGAGUACCCAUGUUGGUGUACCCCUAGCUAUUUAUUUAUUUGACCAUAAGGUAUAAGAGCGAAAUCUUUCAUACAUAUAUGUAGAUGGUCAUAGUGUGUGGCUUUGUUUGUUUCCAUUUGUUAUCCUUCUUUGUGUCACAAAUAUAUUUUUAGUCAAAAAGAGUUUUUUUUUGGUUUGUCCAAAUAAAAAUGAUAUUUUGUCAAGCAUUUCUCCACCAUUGCACAAAAAGGGAGUUAUGUUUAUUGUUGGUGGCCAACUUUGCUUUGAAUUGAAGGGAGUGAAAGGUUGGUCAACAACCGACCUAGUUAUGCCAUGUUUGACAAAUUCAAAAUUUACUCCUACUUUACAACAUUUAAAGUAACAGUGGGAAUGUUUU